AUGAAUCUCAACACAGCCAUUAGUAACAGCGAAAAAGCGAUUCAACUUAUCCCCGAGACAGACCGCGGGCUUCCGGACGUGUUCUCCAAUCUCUCAGUCUUCUACACUGCCAGAUACCAGUACGUCACGGGUUCCAGGCAGGAUCUUAACCAAGCGAUCCGGACUGCAGAAAAAGCUGUUAAUCUUACCCCAGAGGGAGAUGAAGAUCUCCCGGGACGAUUGUCGAAUCUUUCCAACGCACUGGCGGCACGGCAUGAGUCGAAGUGGAAGCAGGAAGGCGAUCUUGACCGUGCCAUUGCCGAAUCAGAAAAGGCUGUCAGAACCGCAGACGAGGCGACGCCAGAUCUAUACAAACUGCUCAACAAUCUGGCACAGCAACUUGGUGAGCGGUACGUCGAGCAAUCCAAGGCCAAUGAUCUCGACGCCGCCAUCCAAGCGCUCCAUCGUGCGCAAGAACGAGUACCAUGUGAGCAAUUGGGGAACAAGGCAACCAUUUUGCAACAAUUGGGAGUUCGCCUUCAAGAUAGAUACUUCCACACUGGCGUCCUGGAAGAUCUCGACGAAGCAAUUCAAACCACUCGACGCGCCGUUGAGAUGUGCCCCAAGGAUGACAAAAGCUUUGCCAUUGUGGUCAACGCGCUUGCUAAUCGGCUUGGGACGAGAUAUACAAUCACAUGGGAAGAGCAUGAUCUGGAUGAAGCAAUCCGCCUGGCACAGAAUGCUGUGGACCUGACACGCAAAGGCGAUACCCACCACCCCAUGUUUCUGGCCGAUCUCUCAAACCGUCUGGGAUACAAGUACAGUAGAACCGGGAAUAAUAAGGAUCUACAAAACGCCAUCGAGAAUUGCAAGAGAUCGUUGGAACUCACCGAAUCGGGCGAGAGCCACGAGGCUCGACGCCUUGGUAGCCUCGCAAUUCUGAAGUACAGAGAAUACCUGGCGACUAGACAUUCCGACCACUUGGGCUCUGCCAUUGAUUGUAUCCGGCGGGCGAUCUCGAUUUCUGACCCCAGCCACUGUCACUACCCGGGAUGGGCUCGGGAACUCUCAGUAUAUCUUUCACACGCUGGGGAUGAUGAAGAAUCUAUGCAGUGGGCAGAGAUUGCGGUAAAAAAUACACCUCAAGGUCAUCCGGAGAGAUCCGCGUGGCUCAUCCAACUUGCCAACCUACUUUUGAAGAGGGUCGGAGAAGACAAGGCGCUGGCUAAGCAACACUUCCUGGAGGCCUUCUACGACGAAUUCUGUCCCAUCGGGGAGAGACUGAUGGCUGGCCGAUGUCUUUUGAGUAACGUGAAGAGCCUCUUCAUUGAACAAGACGAUUUCGAGACUGCAUACCAGGUAUGCAAAGAUUCCAUGGGGCUCAUAAGCCUCUUUGGGCCUCGCCAUCUGUCGAGUACGGACAAGCAAAACGUUCUCACUUUGGCCGUCGGUCUGGCGUCAGAGGCAGCGGCUAUCGCCCUGGAACUUGGCAAAGGUCCAGAGCAAGCUUUACGAUUCUUAGAGGACGGUCGCGGGCGUUUGUUGGGUUCCCUGUACGAUUUGAGGUCUAAUGUCAAGGCCGUUGAGCAGCAAUACCCUGAUCUCGCCCUUCAGUUUACCCGCCUUCGUGAUACGCUGAACACGCCUUCUCCUGCCACCCAUGAAUCUGGAUCGACGGCUUCAACUCUAUUGGCACAUGAGCGAAAGAGGGCUGGUGAGUUUAUGGACAAAGUGAUUGACGAGAUCCGCUCCAAACCAGGAUUUGACCAGUUUCUACUUCCUCCUUCUAUCGACGAAGCUCUCGACGCCGCCAAACAGGGGCCCAUCGUGGUUCUCAAUCUUAGCCGCCUACGCUCUGAUGCUUUAAUCAUCAGGUCCUCUGGGGUGGACGUCUUGCCUCUGCUUGGACUAAGCUAUGAGGAAGUUCAAAUGCAGUCCACAAAGCUUGUUCAGGACCCAGACCUCGGUUGGCUCUGGGAUGCAGUCGUCGGCCCCGUCCUCGAGUUCCUUGGGUUCAACGCCACCCCAGCUGACCGCGAAUGGCCUCGCGUGUGGUGGAUUCCUACCGGCGCUCUUGUCAAAUUCCCCCUCCACGCUGCCGGGCAUCACUUGAAGCCUGGCUCCGGGACAGCUCUUGACAGGGCCAUCUCUUCGUACAGCCCAUCAAUCAAGAGCAUCAUGCACGGCCGGGAACGCAACGCCGUUGACAAUCCCGCAGUUCCUGCAUCGGAAGGUAGAAAUUUGGUUCUUGUCUCCAUGGAGAAGACACCGGGCGAGAAGACCCUAGGGAAUGUACCAGAAGAAAUCGCCACGGUGGAAAGUCUCGGGAUAGCAAUGAAUAUCUCGGGAGAUUCCCCGCCGCCGAACAAGGCGUCAGUCUUGUCGGCCCUCGGCAACUGUCGCAUCCUACACUUUGCCGGCCAUGGGUCAACCCAUGCCACGCAGCCCCUCAAAAGCCACCUUCUCCUCCAAGAUUGGCAGACCGACCCCCUAACAGUCCAGAGCCUCCUGGACAUCGACCUCGCCACCAACCCACCCUUCCUCGCCUACCUCUCCGCCUGCGGUUCGGGCGAGGUCGCGCACGAGAAAUCGGUCGACGAGAGCAUUCACCUUACCUCGGCGUUUCAGCUUGCCGGAUUCCGUCAUGUCAUCGGCACGCUGUGGCAGGUCAACGACAAGGUGUGCGUUGAUAUGGCGAGGGAAGUGUACACGACGCUGAAGUCAGAGGGGCUGAAUGACUUAGCCGUCAGUGCUGGUUUACACCGUGCUACUCGGCAGCUACGGGAUGAGUGGGUGCAGAAGGUUCACCCAGAAGGAUUUGACACAAGGGAAGGGAAUAGGAAAGGCAAAGUGUGGAUACCCCCGCAGAAGUCAAAGUCGGUUGUUGUUAAGAAGGUCGAUCCACUUUGGGUGCCGUAUGUUCAUUACGGUGUUUAA